AUGAGUUCGCCAUCGCAGCACACCAGCACCAACAAUGCCUUCGUCACCCUCCUGACCUCCGAUCAUUACCUGCCUGGCGCACUCGUUCUCGCCGAGUCGCUUCGCCUCAGCCAUGGACUCGCUAGGAAGGGCAAGGCACGCGCCGGCACUUCGCGAAGCGCAGCCACCACCGACUUUCAGGUCGUGGCGCUCAUCACUCCAGAUACGCUCUCGGUGCAGUCCAUCAAGGCGUUGCGGCGAAGCGGUCUCUUCGACUGGAUCGUAGGUGUCGAGCCCAUCGGCUUUCGUCAGAUUCUCGCCUCGUCCACCAAUGCUCCCACCACCGUCACGACCGGCAUCAGCGGUAGCAGCACAGCGCACGACGCCGCAGUGCUCGACUCGGACCUCGACGCAAAGAUCCGCGAUAUGGAGAGGAAUCUAAGUCUGCUCGGCCGUCCCGAUCUCACCAACACCCUCACCAAACUCCACGCCUGGAGGCUCGGUCGCGACUCGGCACAUCUCGUUGCCCAAGCCGCCUCUCCCGUCGAUGGCAGCGAUCAAAAAUGGCACGGAUUCGACAAGCUCGUCUUCCUCGACGCCGACACCCUCGUCCUGCGCCCCAUCGACCACCUCUUUCGUCUCGGAUCCAGCGUUCACUUCGCCGCGGCUCCCGACACCGGCUGGCCCGAUGCCUUCAACAGCGGCGUCAUGAUGCUCACACCCUCCACCGCCACGUUCGAAGCGAUACGCUCGUUCGCUCGAACAACUGGCUCUUGGGACGGCGCCGAUCAAGGCCUCCUCAACGACUUUUACGGCUCCGACGAUAGCUCGGCAUCUCUCCCAGACGAGGCACAAUCGCCCGAUACAUCCUCAGCGCCAGGCGGGGGCUGGAAGAGGCUCAGCUUCCGAUACAACGUCACCAGUCACGGAGGAUAUACGUUCGCGCCAGCAUACCAGCGCUACGGCCGAAACAUCAACAUCGUCCACUUUAUCGGUCAACACAAGCCGUGGAACCGGCCCAGGCCACAUGGAAGCGCUCAGCCCAAUCCUCUCGUGGCACCACGCGAUCUCGACAGCCAACCCAUCAUGCCCGAUCAGCCGGACUACCUGCUCGCCCUCUGGCACAGCGCCUUCGCCUCUCUCUAUCCGUCCUCGGGCUCCGCAUCGCCGGACAGCGAGAUCGAGAUCGUACACACCGAACGCGGCGUCGAGGUGGUCGAGCGCAGAAACUUCACCGUGCCCACCUAUCACGCCGUCUGGGACGCCGAGGCGCGCGAAGAAGAUGCCUCCUCGUCGGGGCUUGGCUUUGGCGUUUCUGCACCCGCCCGCGAGUCUGCUCCUGCGCACCCGCGCGCGCACCAGCAUUGGGAAGCCUCGUAUGCCAGCUUACCGCUCGAUGGCAGAAGCUCGCUCAUCCCGCCUGUGCCCGAGGUGGCUCGCACGCCGUCGCCGCCCACGCCGACACAGGAGAGCAUCGACGCCGAGCUGCGGUCGCGCGACGCAAGUCCGGCGCAGCCCAUCCCUGUUCCGGCACCCAGCAUCCAGCACGGCAGUGUGGCCAAGAGGGGCGAUGAUGACGACAGCGAUACGUCGCCUCAGCACUACUCUCCGCCCAAGCUCUCGUGGAAUCCCGCCCACGGGCCUCCGCCGACCGGCUCGGGCGCCGCGCUGUACCAGAUGCGCGUCCCCAUCGAUGCCUACUAUGCAAACAUCUGGGACGCAGGCCAAAAGACGCCGCGCACGCUCGCCGAGCAGAAGGCGGCGUUCUUCGUCCCGCAGUCGCAAGGCGCGCAGGAUCGCAGUGGACGACAGCGCGGCGGGCCGGGAUACAUCCCCUCGCAGCUGCGCCGCGACCAUGUCUUUGACAACCUGGGCUCGCACAAGCCGGACGCGAGCAAGGUCAAGCCCAUCUUUCCCUGGGAGACGCAGCAGCGUACGUCGGCGGCGCCUACGCGCGUCUUUCCCGACGAGCCGAAGCGGUCGCCACCGCCCAGCGCCGACACCACGCCAAAGAUGGGCAGCACCCAACAGGGUAACAACGGAGCUUUUGCGUCGGUUGCGGCGGCUCCGGCAGUGUCGAGGCCGAGAGGGUUGCCGUCGAAUCUGUCGUUCGUCAAUGCUUGGGACCAGGCGGGUGCGAUUGGCAACUUUGCCAAUGCAUGGAAUUGGCGCGCGAAUCCCGCCUCGCCGAAUCGACGUCGGGCGGUCGAGGCGGCCAACCGACAGCCUGCGAGGGACAACGGCGCUGCGAGGCAGACUGAGCCGCGCCGGGCGGAAGGGCAGCGUGCCGGUUCGCCCCAGGCGAGCUUUCGACCGGCGUACGGGGCUGAGCGUCGAGCGAGCAUGGAGGAGGUGACCGAUGCGCGCGACGGCGAAGCGAGCGACAGCCGCGACGGCGACGACGAGUCGUCGUCGGGCGAGGAAUCGUCGGGCAACGAAGGUGUCUCGCAGGUGGUGGAGGGAGCUAGAGAUGGCACCCCGUCGCCGAUGAAUUCGAGGCAGGCAGGUUGGCCGCGGGAAGGACCCGGGAGAGGGUAUAUGCGCAAGGCGGAGAACUCGGUGUAUGUGCAGAUGCACGCCACGCCGCGCAGUCCGCGCAUGACCUCGCGCGUGCUCUCGUACACCUCGACGGCCACCGAGGGUGAAGGGCGCAGUGGACGGGUGUCGGGAUCGAGUACUGCGUCCGAGGCGGCAGCGAGACAGCGCGCCAAGGAUCGCAUUCGUCCGGACGGCUGGAUCUCGACGGGCUCGGGAAGCGGUAUGAGCAGUCCGCCGUAUGGUGGGUGGCACCAGGCAGAGAUGACGGCGGCAUCGCUGCGCGGGAUCCCCAGCAUGCGCGCCGGACAGGCCCAUGUGCGCAGGAGGCAUGAACCUACCUCGUCGAACGACUCGCUCUCGGAAGAGUCGCGAUCCGCCUCGCCCACUGCCCUCAUCGCUCAGCCGCUACCAGCGGUCCGAGGUGAGGUGGUGCCACCGACGCCACCGAGCUUGGAGGAACCUUUCAGUUCGAGCCCUCGCAAUACGCGCGCUGAACUCUCGCAGCACGCGCGUACCCAUCUGCACGCAAGGAGGGCCCACAACUUUCCCCAUGCGCCCCAUGCGCAGUAG